CCGCGAGGACCUCACCCUGGAGAUAUCACCUGGGAAGCGGAAGCAGUCUGUAGAGAGGUGGAGGGUGAUGGUGACGGUGUUUCGGACAAGACCUGAAAGGGAAGCGACCUCCCCAGAGUCACAGAGUAAUUGGUAGAGUUGGUCAAGAACCUAAGCCUGUAACUGAAGAGACCAGAGGUCUUUCUGUUAGACUUCUUGGGAAGAGACGAAUGUCAUCUUUCCAAUGACAGAAGUUGUGUCUUAUUGUUUGUUCUUUGUUCCCAACUUCCAGUAUAGGGCCAGGCUCAUAGGUCUUUGCAAAUUAUCUUGUAGAAAAAAUGCCCAAAGUGAAAAGGAGUCGGAAAGCUCCCCCAGAUGGUUGGGAGUUGAUCGAACCAACGCUGGAUGAAUUAGAUCAAAAGAUGAGAGAAGCUGAAACAGAACCUCACGAGGGAAAGAGGAAAGUGGAAUCUCUGUGGCCUAUCUUCAGGAUCCAUCACCAAAAAACGCGGUAUAUUUUUGACCUCUUUUACAAGAGGAAAGCCAUAAGCAGAGAACUCUACGAAUACUGCAUUAAAGAAGGCUAUGCAGAUAAAAAUCUGAUAGCAAAAUGGAAAAAGCAGGGCUAUGAGAACUUAUGCUGCCUGCGCUGCAUUCAGACCCGGGACACCAAUUUUGGAACAAACUGCAUCUGCCGGGUCCCCAAAAGCAAGCUAGAAGUGGGCCGGAUCAUCGAGUGCACGCACUGCGGCUGCCGGGGCUGCUCCGGCUGAGGCCCUCAGGCCCAGACCCCUCUUCACCCUGAACUUUUGGACUUCGUGGGUUUCUGCCUGUCGCGCCACCCCCUUUCCUAGGAGCAGCUCUUCUCGCAGAGCAGUGCUCCUGGCGUGAGUUGGAGCACGGUCUCUACGUGUAAAGGCUUUGGUGUUUCUCAGCCGUGAUUUGUAGAAAUAAAAUUUUUAAACCUUC